AUGUCUCUCAAGCGUCCCCUUACCAGCGUCGAUACCCAUUUCUUGGAGGUUGACUCACCUGGCCACGUCCACAAGAAGACGGCGUCCGCGUCCUUUGUUGUCGAGAAUGAAGUCAACUCCGCCUGCUUCAGAACAUACAACGCUACCCAAAAGUCCAGGCCCUUUUCUUCGGGAAUUCCUAACCGAAUGUGUGCCGAACUCCUUAAGGAGCUGGAAGCGCUUAUUAUUCCAGGGGUCACCACGGAGAUGCCGCCAUACGACAUUCGACGAGAGCUGCAGAGACGGUACAAUGUGGAUCGUCGCCUGAUCUAUGACUGGUUCCGCGGCAAAGGCUUGAGGGUUAAGGAAGAUAGGUUACUCGUCUCGUAUUCUAGCCCGACACCUCGCCGUAAUAGCCAACAGCACAGACAAAUUACUAUCCGUCAUUGCUCUACCUCAUCUGAGAACUCUCCUGUGUUAUCUAGUUCCUCUUCGCUAUCGCACUUCAACCGACUUGAAACGCCCUCGAGCAUAUAUGCGUCUUCUCCUUCUCUCCCUGUGACACGGUCUGCUCCGGGUACCCCCGCCAUUGGGCAUCCUCGUGGCCUUGAUAUCUCUGGCUGCUCAGAAAAGACAGAGCGGCCCGCUGUCUCCUGGCCGUACGAAGCCUCGUAUGCACCGGAUCUUUAUGAAUCGCCCCUUCUUGAUACCUCGCAGUAUGACUUCUCUCCUGUUGUCGGUGAAGAUGGCGAACUUUACUAUGACGAAGAAUACGAUUCUCCCUGGCGUCCAGCAACCCUACUUGAUUCUCUGGAAUUUGGUGCCGAAGUCUCCCCUAGUCCGGAAGACCUGGUGCCCCUGGACCAACGGCCGCUCAAGCAGGAAGAACGCAUAGCUGUCUAUAACUUCAUAUCUGCUGCGAUCGGCCCUGCUCACGGUAUACAAGAGUCGGUCGGGACGUACGGUGCAUACAUGAAAGAACAGUCUGGCGCGCACUAUGACCGUCUUUUAGCUCCCUAUCAGAAAGAGCGACAACCUAUAGAACGAAGCCAUCUCGGCGCUCCUCCAAGUCCACAUUCUAGCUCCGGCACUGUUAUCGAGGGACAUGGCCUUCACUUGGACGAAGUCAUAUGGGUUCCCGUGUCGACGAUCGCUUCUACUCUUCACCCCAGCCAAGCGCUUGACCGAAGUUCGACGCACCCCCCUUCGGAGGUCGGAGACCACCGAUCCAAUGAAAGGCCUCUGUACCCUGAGCCGAUAUCCAAGAGCAGGAAAUUGGUGUUCUUGUCUGAAUCUUACGGCGCCUACUCCGGCUCGUCAUCGAAGAGUUCUGUCUCCGUGCUUUCGCCUCCCGAGCGUCGCAUCUCCAUGGAUGAGGUUCUUAGUUCCCGUCAAUCAGCCCGACCUUGCCUCGUCCAUCGCUACGAACACGGUGGAAAAGUGCGCGGCGGAAGACCUCGGACAACCUCCGCUGGCGGCGGUCUUUGA